CUGAUACCAAGACACGGAAAAAGCAAGGGAGGGAUAGAGAGAAAGAAAGAACAAGGGGCUGGUGGAGGAAGAGGAGAGGGGAGUUGGAGAAAUCGGGGAAUAACACUUAAGAAAAAGCGCACAGAGGAGAGGAGGGACGGCACCCGGCGCAUUGGACAUCCCCAGCUUCCUUCCCUCGGGCUGUCACAGCAGAUUGGACUCCGAAGGACCGACACGGCGGCCACCCCAGACCCCAUGGGGUAACAGAUGUUUUAAGGAGAGGCUUUUGUUCAGCUACACAGAUGAACAACAGGAAGGAGGACAUGGAGAUCUCAUCUCACUACCGUCAGCUCCUAAGAGAGCUCAAUGAGCAGAGGCAGCACGGCAUCCUCUGUGACGCCUGUGUCAUUGUGGACGGAAAGAUCUUCAAGGCCCAUAAGAACGUCCUUCUGGGCUCCUCACGCUACUUCAAGACUCUUUACUGCCAGGUUAAGAAAGGAGCCGAGCCUCCCCAUCAGACUACUGUUACUCACCUCGACAUCGUAACGGCAACCGGCUUCAAAGCCAUCUUGGAUUUUAUGUACUCAGCUCACCUUGCCCUUACCAGUAAGAACGUGAUCGAGGUUAUGUCGGCCGCCAGCUACCUUCAGAUGACGGACAUUGUCCAAGCCUGCCACAGCUUCAUCAAGGCUGCUCUUGACAUCAGUAUCCGCUCAGAAAUGGCCGAUGAGCUGGCUGACUUUGAAAUGGGAGCUGUUGCUGCAGGUUUAGGAGGAGGUGGAGGAGUAGCCGGGGUUGGAGGAGGGGUAGGUUUAGCUGGAGCAGGGGGUGUUCCAGGUGCUAGUUUGGGAGGAGGUGGGAUAGUGGGUAUAGCCUCUGAAGCGUUGGCCUCUAUAAUUUCUGGUCGCAGCACCUCUCCCUGGCUGGCACGCAGAACUAGUCCAGCCAACUCCUCUGGGGAUUCAGCCAUUGCCAGUUGCCAUGAGGGAGGCAGCAUGUAUGGGAAGGAAGACCAAGAACCUCCUAAGAGCCAUGAGAGCCAAGAGGAAGCCUGCCAUGACUCUCAGCCUGCCUGGCCUCAUGACUAUAGGCCGGUCAGUGUCAAAGAGGAACAAGUUUCUCCUGCCUCUUCUUCUCAUCCAAGGGACACUCCCAAAGGGUCAACACAUGUAGAACAAGGGACAGGGGGAUCUAGUGGUGGAGGUGUUGAAGGACCCUGGCAACCUCUAUCAGGGUCAGGCCGGAGGAAGAACAGGAAGAACAAGGAUACAGUCAGGCAUAUUACCCAACAGGCUGAGAAAACCUGGGAUCGGCAGCGAGAUAGGGAGAGAGACAGAGACAGUAGGCCUGGAUCACCACUCCCCUCCAUGCUGGCUGUCACUGGAUGGACCUACAAUGGACAAGACAUUCCAGGGGCAGACGUGACCGAACCGAACAGCUCAGACAGCCGUGGCGAACGCCUCGAUUUUUUCCUUAAGCAGGAAGAGGCUCUUACAACAGAGCCGGGCUUCCUGGGCGCCAACGAAUCGGAGGAGGCCAGCGGAGGAGCGGGAGGCGGAGGCAUCUCGUCCGUAGCCAAUCUGAAGGCAGCGCUCAUGAGUAAGAACAGCCUGCUGUCGUUGCGGGCUGAGAUGAUGGGAGAUGAUAACCCCUUGCUGUAUGAGUACCUGCCCAAAGGAGGACACUCCCUGUCCUGGCUCCGCUCCAACAACUACUCCAGCGCGCUCCGGCCAGGGGCCACGGGGGCCGCUAUUCAUAACAAAGAGGGCGCUGGUUCCUCUUCUCCUCUUCCUCUUCUUCCUCUUCAUCUACCACCAUCACCACCACCACCCCAUCUGCCAUCAUCAACAUCAGCAUACUGCCCACCCUCUCCGCCCACACCUAUGCACCCAACUGAGCCUCGGCCCCUGGAGGCCCCCGGGCUGCGGGCUGGGGCGACACCGCUGAACUCAGAAGGACUGGAUAUGGAAGUAGAAGAGGCCCCAGAGGGCACAGAGCCCUCCGCCUUACCUGAGGAGGGUGUAAAGAACAAAGACGAAAUGAAAGACUACAGCACAGACCUGGAAGGUGACCAGUCCCCUGUUGAGCGGGAUCAGAUGGGCCAGAGGAGCUAUAUUGGUGGCUCAUCAGUGCCUGCAUCAGUGUCUGAGGUUGGCAAAGGAUCUAAAGGUCCGGUGAAUGACUUCACAGUGAUCCGUAAAAAGUUCAAGUGCCCCUACUGCAGUUUCUCUGCUAUGCACCAGUGCAUCCUUAAGAGGCACAUGCGCUCACACACCGGUGAGAGGCCCUAUCCAUGUGAAAUCUGUGGCAAGAAGUUCACCAGACGGGAGCACAUGAAGAGGCACACGCUGGUCCACAGCAAGGACAAGAAGUAUGUGUGCAAGGUGUGCAGCCGGGUCUUCAUGUCCGCAGCAAGCGUCGGGAUCAAACAUGGCUCCCGGCGGCACGGGGUCUGCGCAGACUGCUCAGGCAGGGGGAUGGCUGCGCUGCUGGACCACAACGGGGAGACGGGUGGUGACAUCUCCCCCGAGGAGGAGCUGUAUCCAGGGGAUCGGUUUCACGACGACCAGGCAGAGUGUGAUGGCGACGGGGAGGGGGAGGAAGAGAUGAUGGUGGAAGGGGACAGUGAGAUUUUGGGGGAAGGGGAGGAGGAGGCGGGGAAGUGGAAGGACUCAGGGAUUGCCGCCGAGGCACACAGAGCACUGGACAAUGAGAAGGAGGAGAGUGACUCCUCCGCUCAUGAGGGGGAGCAGCAGAAUGGGAGCGAGAAGGACUUCGCCUGGAUCUCGUAGAACCUUUCAAGCCUCCUGUUUGUGGCUCAUCAACCAAUCUCUGGAGAUCUUCUCUGAUCUCUCAGGCAGAUUCCUCUGCUCACUUUACCCACUCGCCCCACCCACUAUGGGCAGGCCUUCCUUUGGAGAUGCUGUAGGGUGAUGCACGAAAAUGAUCGAAACACUCAAAUGCACACACACACACACUUUCUCAAGCUUGACCGCCAUAGAAGAAGAGUAAUCAAGAGAUGGCUUGAGUACAAGGCUUUUUUCCGCUUACCUCCUCCUCUACAGAUGCAGUGUUUUUGUGUUUUUUUUCUUUCUUCUUCUUGAGGGUUCAGGCUGGAGUCCAGCUGUUUUCUGCUCUGUCACAACAGGAAUCAGGCUGCCAAGGAGGUGGCCGGGGCUAGACUGCAACUUUGUAUGUUUGCCAUCACAAUCAUUGCAGAAACCAAGGAUCAUAGACAGAGUAAGGAGAGGACAGUCAGGAAAGAGGGGGUCUCAAAGCCAGAGUCUAAAUCUAUUGCAAAGAUUGAGUGUCAGGGUGGGGGUCUGGGAACCCCCAAAUGACAAAUUUUUCCUUUUUGAGUCCUACUGCCACAGACUUGCACUUUAAUGACAACUGACUCCUAUCAAAGUCCUGAACCCGUGGUUUACAUUUUUUGAUCUGAUAUUUACUUACCUGAACAACUCGGUGACCGCACCUACCUUUAAGGAUAUACCUUAUGUCCUCUCUGACUGUUAUCGCCAGAUAGAAAUCACUGAAUCUUUGUGCAGAUUGCUGUUUAUAGAGCCUAUGCCUUUUUAGUGGGGGGUCCUUUAUCUUUUCUUCUCUUAAGUUUGCUGCCUGGUUGCUAUUGAUCCAUUCCAACAGAAACUGGAGAUUUGUACAUAAAGAUGUAAAAGAAGGGCGAAAAGAAGGCCGUGUGAGACAAAGAGGGAGAGAGAAUGAACUUUGCUCUUAGAAAUUUGAGAGUUUGAGACGAGACGUUUCAGCUCCGAGAGUCAAUGUGAGCACAGAGUGGAACUACCUUACACUAACAAACACUCUUUGUCUCUCACGCCGAAGUUUGUGAUGAUAGGACCUGAGAGGCAAGUCUCUCACACCUUUUUUUCCCCCCGUCCCUUGUUUCAUUCUUUUUUAUUUUAAUUUAUCCUUCCUCAGACUUGUACAUUCAAGUUUCUCCACACGGAAUAUGCAGACACUUUUCACAAUGAGCUUUUUUUUGUGCUUGAGUUUCUCCUGCUUUGUAAGGUGUGAAGAAAAAGGAUCAAUGUUGUGCUUGAAGUUCAGAGGUUUCAGUAUUUGUAUAAAAUUUGAUUUGUUAUUUAUUGAGAAAAAGUCUUUUCCUUUCUGUGUGUUUGCGUGUGUGAUUGAAUGAGGGUCCGGCGUCCAGAAAGAGUCUACACUGAUUUAUAAGAUUAUUUCUGAUUUAUUUUUUGUUUUGUUUGUUUUUCUUAGGGGGGUGGGGCAAAAGUUGUGGACAAUUAAAGUGAGGUUGGUGAUAUAUGUCUUAAUAUAAUGAAUAUCAGAACUAUGAUUAUUGUUGUUGAUGUUGCUAUUAUUAAUUAUUCAUAUUAAGUGCUGGAUGAUAAGCUUUACUGUGUGUUUUUCUUUUAUUUGAUAUUUUCUAUCUUGUAUAAAAGGAAAGCUUUUAUACUUUUGCCUUGUUGUGGACAGCAAGCCAUGGAGCUUUUUAUCAAUCUUUUAUCGUGCUGGUUUAUGCUUUAUUUUUUUGUCAUAUUUCUUUAUUUUAACUACUGGGGGAAAAAAACACAUUCACUCUUCUGCUCCUCUCUUAGAUAUUGAUUGAAAUGGUUUUUUUCAGCUUAUGCUUUUUACAUCACUAAUGUACACUAAUUGAUUAAUACGGAACCAAAAAAAAAGAGAAAAAAAAAUGUCAUUCUAGUACUUUUGUAUACAUGAAGUGCUUUUGUUUCGCAGUUCGUGUUUAAACGAGUGCUUUUUGACUUUAUAGCUGUGGUUAACAUGUUUCGUUGUUGGGUUGUUUUUAUAUAUUUUUUUUUUCACAAGCCUGUUGCUAUCCCUUACAAUCAGAUUAAAAAAGUGCACAUUUUUGUUUUGUUUUCUGUUUUAUUCUUGUUCAUUAUGAAGGGCUGUGUAAGACGGCCGGCUUGCUUUUGCGGACUGCACCCUGAAAAUCAAGCAGAUGAGAUCUUUAUUUUAUUCGUUCACAGUUCAAAUAACACACAAGUACAGAUUAACACUCCUCUUUUAUGUGAGUGUGUGCAGUCUGGAUCUCAUUCUGCAAUAAAGAUAAAAAAAAAUGGAAAGGAAAUGCUGCAGCUGUGAUGGUUAAACACAUCAGGCUCUGUUGCAGGUGCCAUGGACUGUACUGCUGGUCAAAAGAAGUUAAAAACACAGCACAACACGUGAUGCUUUCUUCAUUUAUAACAGCUCUGUUAUUCAUUGUAUUUUUGACCCAUUUUUUAAACUGUUCUUUUUUGGGGGUUAAAAAAGACAAUAGGGUAGAAAUUUUGAUGAAUGUUAGUAAUGGGUGGAAAAGGAGCCCAUGAUCAGAGACAAAUCUGUCCUGUGGUGCUGUUAUGGCCACUUAGAGACAUCUGGAUGUAUGUUUGAUUUCCUCCCGGAACCCCUCACCUUACACUUUACUCUCUUUUCACAUGUGAUGUAUGUGCUCUUCCUCAUUCCGGGUUGUACUUCAGGAAAACGUCCGCCAUUGACCCCUUAAUAUGUGCCUCAAUGACAUUUUUUUCACCCGGGUGCUUGCGAGAGCGUCUGUGUGGAAAGAUGAGAAAAUAAUGGUGUCUGUAGGUAGAGAUUAUCAAGACUUUUUUUUUUUUUUUCUCCAAACGAGACAAAUCAGAAAUGGGCAACUUCAUCUUCCCCUAUUUCCUCGACCUAUCUGUGGUCCUAACUUGCAUGUCUGUUUUCAUUUUUUUCAUACCAAAGCAACAUCUUCUGCAUCUGUGCACGGCGGCCUCAUUCCACACAGUGCAAAACUGGAACUCUUUGCUCUUUUUGCAGAUGAAUAUGGGUAUUCUUUGACGUGUACAAACUGCAAUCCUCAUUCAGCCUGUAUAGCUUGACUGACAUGUGAAAAUCCUGAAGCCAUAGAUAUUGGUAUAUCUAUAUUCUACUAUAUUUCAAAAAAAUGAAAAAAUUGGCGCUUUUUACUUUAGAGUUUGUUCCUCUACUAAGAGUGAUGUGUGUAUACCUUCAUAUAUAUGGAUUUAUAUUACUAUUAUAUAUUAUUUAUUUACUCUUUCAAGUUUCAAAAGGUCUUUUGUUUAAAAAAAAAAAAAAGGUCACACUUGAAGCUUGAGGUUUGUUUUUGUUGGGAAUAUUUGUUCAAUAUGAUACUGACUUUAUAAUGAUUAUUAUCAUAAUCCUGUGUUUGUAACAAAAUGUGGUAAAUAAUCAGAAAAAAAAGAAAAAAAAAACUGUCCUGUUUUUACACCUGCUUUGUUUUUGGGCAGAUUUAAGUGCUCUUGUGCUGAUAUAUUAUUUUGGUUGAUAGUACUGAUCACAGAACAUUUCUUUUGCUGUCCUCCAUAAGCCUUCUGUUUCGGUGUUGGGUCGAGACCGCAAUUCGUCCAAGCCUCUUUCUAACUUCAUGUUUAGUGGAAGAAAUAGCUUACCUUUUAUUUGCAAAUCCAAUCAGUCUCAAUAAAUUUUGAAAUUGCUGCUGUAAAAACA